AUGCCAAAAUCCAAACUUACAACCGACUUUGUAGUGAAAAAAAACGACGACAUGAAACCGAAGAAGAUGAGUAAAUCAUGGGCGGAGUUUAAUGAGGAAUUUAAGCAGCUUGAAAAAGCUAAACAAGCGAAGCUAUUAAAAACCAAGGAAGAUGAGCUUACAACACUUUUAGACGUUUCACCAAGUAAACAAACAAAAGUUUUGCAACUGCGACCAACAAUUGCAAAAAAAAACUCAUUGAAGAAAACCGUGAAAAAAGGCGAAGUUGAUGAUAUUGUGUGUGACGAGCCGACACGAGAAAAAGAGGAGUCUGAUGAAAUUGAGAGUGACCCAGAUGACUGGUCUAAAAAGUCAUUAAUUAACACUGAUAAGGAAAGCAGUAAAGGGGAAAAGACUAAAAAUGUUGAAAUUUUAAUCACGCCACUAGACACACAAACGGACGAAGUUACGAACAAUAUACACACAAAGACUUGGGUCAGUUCAAACAUUUUAAACGCACUUUCACAAGACCUUCAAACCAUUUCACCUGUUGUCUCAUUAGUAGAAAGACUCGAUUUCGAUGCAAAGCAUGAAAAUGUCAUAAACGACAAAAGCCAAACUCUAUUCACAGUGUCAGAUGAAGCACGGCCAAGGUCACAAAGUUUAAUGGAAGUAGAACUCCCCCGAAAAGAAAAUAAAGUCAAGCCAGUAGAUAUACAAACAGCAGAAAUUGAGUUAAAUGAACAUCAACAGACAAGUUAUCCCGAUGUUCAAGUGCCAAAAAUGGAGGACCUUUUACCUCAAAAAUGUAUUGAAAAAAUAGAAAAAGUGGAGAAAGUUGAAAAUAACAAAAACGAGAAGGAAGUGAACAAGAUGGAUACAAUGGAAAUUGAAGAAAUUGUUGAGGUCAAUGGUGAAAACAUCAAAACGCAAAUGGUUUUGAUAUCGCCAGAAAGAAAUGGAGUAAAAGAGAAAACAGAACAAAACUUAAAGAAAGAAGACAUACCGUCUGAUGUAAAAACGCAAGUCAUACCUUGUAAUAAGGAAACUCAGAACGAUCAAUCAAAGACGGAAGACGAAGCAAUGGAAGACACAAGAACAAUCACACAAAUACCAUCGUUUAAUGUUGACAACGCAACAUUAAACGCGGAUAUCACAACACCACCAAAUCAAGAAAACAGUUGCAAGGCGAAUGAAAUGGAAGAUGUGCAAGCAAAUGUUAUUACCGACGAACCCACUGUGUAUAACGAUAUUCUUGGCGAUGUGAAAAGUGAGGAGAGUGUGGAAGAAAAAACAGAUGAGAAUAAAAGAUAUGAGUUUGGUAUACCAGACGAUUUGUCGAGUGUUGAUGGGAUUGUUUUGGUGAAGUUUUUGGAGAAGCACUUUUACUGUGGACAAUUGCUUUGUUUGUAUGGGUGUUACCACAAAAAUCGGAUAUUUUCAUUGCUGAAGAAAGGAGAGGUGAGUAAAGACAAACUGCCUGCUGUUGGCAAAGAAAAGAAACUUGAACAACUUGAUGAGGAAUAUCCAUUAUUGGUAUCGAAAAGUCGUGCAGUGUAUAGUGCAUACACGGGUACUGUUCCAGACGUCGUGUUUAAUGAGCUUGAGACGCGAGACAGAGAGAUUAAAAAGAAGUUUAAAAAGGCGAUCAAAGAGAAUAACAAAGUUCUGCUCUAA